GCAUCACUUGGUAUAUCAUUAUCCUCUAAUCGUCAUAUGCGACGCUCAAAAGAUGCACGACUUAAGUAGUUUAACGAGGGCCAAUGACAGGGUUGGAAUUGAAGCCGUUCACAAUAUAGAAAUUUACUAGUUUUCUAAAGGUUGUUGGCUGCUAGACUCUUUUCUUGGUCUUGGUAACUAACUUGAAUAUUUGUAUACGAGUGGUACUGUCCUUUCUAACCCGGCAUGAUGUGCGUAAGCAGUAUAAUUCCGAGCCGCCACGGGAUCUGUCCGCCUACAGUAUCCCGACCGUUAUUCUCAUUACCAUAUUACGAAAACAAUAAGCUUUAUCCCUCAAGUUACAAUUGAAAAUCGACCGAUAAAACCACUCUGUCUUGCUAUCUCUUUCGAAGAUUUCAAUUAUCUUUUGGAAAUUACCGGCAACAUGUCACUCGAACAGGAACUUGGCACGCUUCGGCGCGUUUAUGCACAACAUAGAGAAGAUGGAAAUCUGAAUAUCAUGAUGCGCGAUGCUUUACAUCACUAUGCCACAGAUAAGGGGUUAAAAUUUGAGCAAGAUAGUGCGGGUAACAUCUAUUUAACUCGGUUGUCGAAUGACCACAGUCUUGCGAGCAUCGCAAUUGCCUUUCCUAUAGAUACAAACGGCUCCCCACAAUGGUUCGCGAGUGCAUUCUCAACAUUUAAUCUAUUGAGCCGAGACGACGUUCUCUGCGGCAUCACACUUAUGGGCUUUACUUCUUUGCGUGGGGAGGGCGUCGGGCUGGAAACAUGGGAGAAUGCGAUCGAUAUUCCCGGAAAACCCGCAGCACUCACCAGGUUACCCCUCCUCGCCCAGUUCGCCAAAUACCCUAGUCCAGCGAACUUCCCAUUCUCUGCAAUUCUCCAAAUUUCUGAAUCAGCAGAAGCGCCCCUGUCGUUGGUCGGUAGUUCACUCUUGACUGCAAAGGCACAGAAAAUCCUUGGAGACCAAGAAGCCAGUAGAGUCUGCACGCAAGAGUUCCGAAGAGCGCCCCGUCUUCGGGUUGAAGGUCCAGGCGUUGUGGAGGUGUCGCGGAGGAUAAUUUGUGCAUACAGCAAGUACGUAGCAGCAUUGUUCGAUAAUUUCGAUUAGCGGUCAAUAUAGUCUUCUCUAACGCUUGGCGUGCUGAAUGAGAAAAGCAAUGGAGGUACUGGCCCUAGGACGAAGUUGGCAUAUCUAAGGUUACUACCGUGGGAUACCAUUUCUUGUAAUUAGCUUCAAAAGUUUCAUUAAUAAUUCUAAUUAGAUGUUGGCUUUGCAAGAAAACACCAUUCCCCGAUGCAACAAUCUAGUCGGACGCAGUCCUUCAGGACAUCCACGUGAGGAUGUAGAAGGAAUUAGGAUUGUAGAGUUAGGUCCUGUCCGUAAAACACAUACUAUUCCU